AUGCCCAAGGAAAUGAAUAAAACAUUUGAUCACCCUGAACCUCCUUUUGUAGCUGUCUCCUCAAACCCUAAUACCACUAUAUUGCUAGCCACUGCAUUGGUCCACUUGAAAGCUAAUAACGGUAACACAGUUGUAGCCCGAGCCGUUAUUGACUCCGCAUCUAUGAAAUUUUGGACUCUAGAAGAACCUCCCAUCAAACUUCAUGUAACAUCUGAACAAGAAAUUUGUGAACAUCACUUUCUAAACACGGUUUCUAGGGAUUCAGAUGGACGCUACUUUGUUAGGCUACCCAUAAAAGAAAAUCAUCCCCCUCUUGGUGACUCAUCAUUUUGCGCUCGUAAUAGAUUCCUAUCACUUGAAAGAAAAUUAGAAAGUCAGCCUGAAGUCAAAGCAGAGUAUAGUAAAGCCAUACAUGAUUUAUUGUCAUCUAGUCACAUGGAACCUGCUAACCCUCCCCCAAACAGCGAUGACAAACAAUUUUACUUACCUCACCAUGCUAUUGUCAAAGUAGAUUCCUCAACUACCAAGCUUCGUGUAGUAUACGAUGCAAGCGCACGCAGCUCCUCAGGUGUCAGCCUUAACGAUAUUCUACAUACCGGGCCAAAACUACAUAAUGAUCUUAAUGAUAUUCUGUUAAAAUUUAGACUAUCCCCUAUUGUUUUCUCAUGUGACAUCAAACAAAUGUUUCGUCAAAUAAUGAUCCACCCAAAUGAUAGAAACUAUCAAAUGUUGUAUUGGAGAGAUGACAAAGACGAACCCCUUUCAGUUUACCGCUUAACUACAGUUGUGUUUGGAUUCAACUGUUCACCCUACUUGGCACUAAGGACACUUCACCAACUUAUCACCGAUGAAGGUGCAAACUUCCCUCUGGCAGCUGAGGCUUUAAAGAAACAAGUAUAUGUAGAUGAUUUAAUUUUAGGUGCCAACAGCAUAGAACAAGCUUUGGUACUAAGAAAUGAGGUGGAACAACUUCUCUUAAAAGGAUGUUUCGAACUGAGGAAAUGGACUAGCAACUGCCCUCAAAUCAUGGAAACUCUUCCCGACUCUUACAAAGAAACUCCUCUAUAUUUCAACUCCUCAGAUCAACCUUAUUUUAAGGUACUAGGUAUAAAAUGGUCACCUAACUCAGACACUUUCUCUUAUCAGUUGAAUAUCCCAGAUACACCUCCCACUAAACGAGGUAUACUUGGAACAGUUAGCAGAAUAUUUGAUCCAAACGGUUGGUUGACUCCAGUCACUCUUUGGGUAAAAGCGUUGAUACAAGUUUUAUGGGCACUAGGUUUAUCAUGGGAUGCGCCUGUACCUCCGGAUCUAACUCAAAAAUGGUCUAAGUUCCUCCAACAACUUCCUUUCUUAAGCGAACUUAGCUUACCUCGAUAUGUUUCCGUAGCUGAUGCUGUUCAUAUCAGUUUACAUGGAUUUUGUGAUGGGUCUGAAACAGGUUACGGAGCUUGUGUCUACUUGCGAUGUGUAAGUUCUUCCGGAGAAAUCAACGUACAUCUGUUAAUUGCCAAAGCUCGAGUAGCUCCUCUUAAGAAGAUCUCCAUCCCUAGACUAGAAUUGUGUGGUGCCCAUCUUUUGUCCAAACUCCUGAACUAUUGCAACUGUCUACUCUCUCAAGAUUAUCUUGUCAACGAAUUACAUGCUUGGUGUGAUUCAUCUGUAGUCUUGUCAUGGAUAAAAACUGUACCCUACCGCUUAAAAGUUUAUGUUGCAAAUCGAGUCUCAGAAAUUCAAGAACUUACUCCUACUUACAUAUGGAAACAUGUCUCAACUCAUUGUAAUCCAGCUGACAUUGCCAGUAGAGGAACCCUUCCCAUUUCUAUAAAAGACAACAGUUUAUGGUGGAACGGUCCCGAUUGGUUAUCUAUGGAUCAGGAAUCAUGGCCUAUUCCUCGCUUCACCCCUCUUCAAGACGAACAAUUUCCAGAACGUAAGGCCGAACCUUUACCAAUAAUGGUUACAACUCAAAAACCAGACUUAUUCAACAGCUUUUCAUCGUGGUCAACCCUCCAGCGAGUCAUCGCUUACAUUAUGCGCUUCAAAAAUUGCUUAACUCCAGGUCAUUUUCUGAUUGGAGGACCUCUUUUAUCUCUUCCCGAAGCUGACUGGAAUGAUGUCUCAACAAACAGAUUGUCAAGGUGGAAGUUUGUUCAAGCAUUAACCCAAAGUUUUUGGAAAAGAUGGCAAAAGGAAUACCUCUACACGUUGCAACAACGAGGGAAAUGGAGAAGUCCUCAACCUAACAUCAAAAUUGGAGAUCUUGUCCUAUUGCAUGAACCAAACCAACCUCCCCUUUCAUGGAAAAUGGAACGUGUCAUUUCAACCUCCCCAGGGCAAGAUGGUCUUGUACGAGUUGUAAGAUUAAAAACUUCAACAGGAACACUCUCCAGAUCUAUAACUAAAGUCUCACCCCUCCCAAUCAAUGAGUAA